AGAGGCAAAACGUUGCCAACGCCAACUGCUGCUCCACAACGAACAACUGAACGCGUCUUGAGUCUUCCGAUGAAAAAGCGCAUCCAAAUUCGCUUGUGUUGUUCGCUCCCCGCAGUCAGCCCCGCCGGUCCGCCGCCCUCGCCGCCACCGCCGUCGCGGAGCUUGACAACCGUGUUGUGCACGUAAGCUUAGCUCUUGCGCAGUUGCGCAGUAGCGGGUGCCGAAGGCGUGAACACGCCAAUUCCUCCCAAUGGAUUCCAUGGCAGAAACGCAGCUCACUCAAGCGACGCAAAAUGUCGUCGAUCCACGGCGGUAUGGCCAACAGAACUCUGGCUUCUCCGACGAAGAUAUCUCCGACAUCAUCUGUCUCCUGCUGCCAUAUUCAAACGGCGCCCGAGAGGAGCUGAAGAGGAUUGCUGCUGAGAGCUCCCAACAUAUGGUUGGCAGGGAUGAUGUGGACGGUCUCGACCUGGACUACCAGCUGGAGGACGAUGUGAGAAACUUUACGCUGCCUGACGUCGGGGAGCAUCACAUAGCCCUAAGGUUCUCCUCCCACGUCAAGGAUCUCACUAAGGGUUUCACUUUUGGCCGUAACUCUAACCUAUGCGACAUCUGCCUGUCGGACGAUCCAUACCGACGAUUGAGCAACAUCCACUUCCGAAUCUUCCUCAACGAGUGGGGCGUCUUAAUGCUAGAAGAUCAGUCGACAAAUGGGACGGUAGUCGACGGAACAUUGCUUAGGAUGAAAGGAAACCCACCAACCGAGACGAUGAGGACGCUCAGCAGCGGCUCGAAAAUUAAGGUCCUGAUGCACGAGGAGAGCCGAGACAUUGUCUUCAUAGUUCGGAUUCCGCUCCGCGACGGCCAGUAUCACGUUGCUUAUCAACGAAACCUGGAAGCCUACAUGGCGAACCGAGCCAAUGCUCCCGUCGAUGCAAAUGAGACCAUAGUGCCUGGCCCGGGUGGCCAUGUGGAUAUCUUCAAACCCGCUGCCCCAAAGCGCCCUGCUGUCCCAGCCGGCAAGACCAACACUGCUGUCGUGGCCCGUCGAGCCCAAGCGGCUGAUAAACGUCCAAAACAGGAUAACUCGGUCCGCGCUGAAGGUCUUCCAAGAGCGUGGAGCGGCUCAGACAAGUACAAUCGCGUGUGCGAGAUAGGCCGAGGUGCUUUCGCCACCGUAUACAAGGUCACCAGGAGGCUCACUGGCCAGCCCUACGCCGCGAAGGAGCUUGACAAGCGCAAGUUCAUGAAGAACGGCGUUCUGGACCAGAAAGUCGAAAACGAAAUGAAGAUCAUGCAACGGAUAAAACAUCCCAACAUAGUGCAGUACAUCGAGCAUCUCGAUUGGGACAACAGGCUCCUGAUCAUUAUCAUGGAAUACGUCAACGGUGGCGACUUGGGGAAGUUGAUCGCCGAACACGGACCUUUCUCCGAAAUUGGCACAAAGACGAUGGCAAAGCAGCUCCUGGAUGCGCUGGGCUAUCUGCACGAGAUGAACAUUACCCAUCGCGAUGUGAAACCGGACAACAUUCUUGUCGAUUCGCUGGACCCCCUCGUCGUGAAACUGACCGACUUCGGCCUGUCCAAAAUGGUCGACAACGAGCAGACAUUCCUCCGGACUUUCUGCGGCACGCUUCUGUACUGUGCCCCCGAAGUGUACUCAGAGUAUGCCGAGUACGAUAACCGCGGUCGCCGCCAUCCCCGGAACCGCCGUCUCCGCCCGACGACGGGCCAGCGCUAUGACCACGCUGUCGAUAUCUGGUCUCUGGGUGGCGUCUUAUUCUAUGCUCUUACAAAGAAACCACCUUUCCCAGCCAGGAGUGGUGCCAGCCAUUCUGAACUUCUCCAUCAAAUCAUGACCAAGCCGUUGGACGUAUCACCACUGAUACAGGAAGGCGUUUCCGAAGAAGGCAUCGACUUUCUACGUCGCAUGCUGGAUCGUAGACCCGAGACCAGGGCGACGGUGGAAUCCCUGCAAAGUCAUGCGUGGCUGGCCGACUCCGGCACGCCCAAGCACUCGCAAUCAUUCGAUGAGAUUUCAGAUGAAGAAUUGCGCGUCAAUGCUUCCCAGUUGAGCCUUGAUGACGGGGCACGAGUGCCUCUAGAACAUGGAGAACUACUCCCCCCUAGUGAUGACGAGAUUCUGGACGAGGAGGACGAAAAUCUGGGCAACAACCAAGGUGACGACGAUUCAGAAAAAGAAAACUAUACUUUCGGCCCUGAAAACCGUCCGCAGCGCCUUUUUGGCGAAGUGAAUCGCUCUGCAGUCGGAAGCUCUGGAGCGAUCCCAGCGAACCGCCUGAACCUACCAGUGUCGCGUGCCAGCUUUGGAUCCACUGGUACCACUGAGAUUCUGGGCGGCGCAACCGAAAUCAAAGACAGUUUCGACUCCGAUGAGAGCCUCACCCCUCGACAAAAGUCCCAAAAGUCGCAGCCUGCGUCAGGUUUGCAGGCUUCCGUUCUCUCGGUUAAUGAGAGCAGAUCGAUCGACGAGCUCAAUAACAUGACAUUUGACGUGGCGUCACAAAGCCUCGGAGGUGCCGAAUCCAUCCUCGAGCAUCUUAACAUGAAGUCCGGCGGAGGCUCCAUUCUCCGUACUAAGAUUAGCGAUCUGAAUUCGAGUAAACGAAAGCCUUCGUACGAGAUUGACGAUGAAAAUGAGGUGCCGUCAACGGAGGACCGCCGCAACCUCAAGAGGCUCCGAUCUGAAGCCUCAAUCAACCUAGCGGUAGAAAAAGGGAUUGAGGACGAGGAGUACGAGCUUCUCGCCCAAAUGCCGUCGAUCCUGCGCGCUCAAUCUGGUCGACAGAUUGACAAUCCUGUUCACAAAUCCACCUAUUGGUCGGCCCAGGACAGGACGACGUGGCAUCUUGAAUAUCCGGAAAUGACGCAACUCCAGCUUGACGCGUUCAAAAUGGCUGCUACGGCCAGGGAUGAGGAGUUCGGGCCGGGCAAGACUCCUUUGUGGGAUCUGGCCAUGAAAUAUUUCCCAGCAACUAACUGUGAGGGGAGAGGAAGUCGGGCGAGAGGUCCUCGCGGUGGGGCGGAAGAAGGUUCGAUGACGUCCACAGCCCCGGCGGACGGAAGCGGCACGAUCAUUAUGCCAGACACCCAGGGUCCAGAGCCAAGCCUGGUGCUGCCGGUACUGUCCGAUCCGGCAAGGCCGGUGAUCGCGUGUCUACAGUCCACACCGGACUCGGUUGUGCCCGGAAUCUCGGUCAUGAUUACUGAAUCCAUGGUAUCCUGGGGUAGAGCGCCGGAAAACACGCGGGUCUAUCCACACAGGGGCGAAGGCAAGGUACCAAAGUAUGCCUUCAAAAUCCUCCUUUGGAAGGAAAACUACGACGCGGCCAGGAACAUCAGGCCUUGGAAUCGCUCCUCCGAGGUGGACGAGGAGUCAUUCCAUUUCUACAUAUCAACCAAGGCGACCAAUGGGAUAUACAUCAAUGGCGUUCAUGUUCCUUCUGACGACCCCAAAAAUCCCAAUGGCCCGUCGACGCAUUGGUUUGCCCUUUUCGAUGGCGACCUUGUGUCCAUCUGGCAGACCGCGGACAGAUCGCACAUGACGGAACUCGUCUUUCGAUGCUGCUGGGGCGGCAGCGCAAAGACCAGACCAAAGAGUGGCACGUCGUCGAAACCGUCAUCUGUGCCACACGCCCUCGCAAAGAGGUUAGAUGAGGUGUGCGUCAAGGCGGAGAAGAAGAUGCGCAAUCAAAACGAGCACGAUCUGAAAAUGGAGGAGGCCAAUCACGACGCCGACGAGCGCAUGCGCCACAUUGACCGGGAGCGGCAGCGCUCCCGGACCUUCGAGCUGAAAAGGCUCGAAGCAUGCCGAGCGCUUGGCAUACGGAGGGUCAGUCCUGCUCCGGGCAUCACGCUCGGCGAGUCGUCGGCGACCCAAACCCCUUGGUCAUCCUAUGUCCCGGGGGUUCGAACGGUGCCAACGGUCCGCCAUGCAUCCCCCAACACCCUCGAUCUUUUGAGGGCUGCGAGAAGGGGGUAAUCUGGCCAUUUGUCAUGCCAGAAAAGCUCCAUGUCCUCACCUCUUUCAAAGUCGUUUUUUUACCUUGACUGGCGCGAGAUACCCCGUUUGCGUUUCGAGGCAAGCACCGUCGUUCCCGCUGUUCGGCUGUCACGAACGAGCCACGCCGACGGCUUGUGUCAAUAUACUCAGAGCUUUUGUUCCUUUUCCCGCGGGGAAUUACCCAGGGUGAGGCGCCAUUGAGCCACUCAAGAAGGUGUGCGCGUUCAUAUCUGUUUGGAAU